AACAUGAGAAGCUUCUUGUUCGUGAUAUUUUUUCUUAUUGGUCUCCAAAAUUUUCUCUUUGUUCAAUCACGUUCUGUUCGUAAAAACAGUUUCAAUGUUCUUCAUCAUGGAGCAGUCGGUGAUGGAAUCCACGACGAUACCAAGGCCUUCAUGGAUGCUUGGGAACACACAUGCAAUUACAUGGGAUCGAAAUCAACCAUGGAAAUUCCCCGAGGAAAAACUUUUCUUCUACAACCCAUAGAGUUCAAUGGCCCUUGUAAAUCCAAGAAGAUCUUUUUCCGGAUAGAUGGAGACCUCACUGCUCCGAAGCUUCCGCAUAAAUGGAGAUGCGAAAAUCAUAAAUGCGACAAGUGGAUUGGAUUUGGCCAUCUCAAUGGACUUUAUAUCGACGGUCGUGGCACUCUUGAUGGCCAAGGACGAAAAUGGUGGUCUCUCAAUUGCAAACAUGAUAAAAUUGCCUGCCAGAGAAGACCAAGGGGCAUCAUUAUAGCGCAUUCGAAUAAUGUGCAUGUAAGUAACGUAAACGUCAAGGACAGUCCGAAUUUCCAAAUGUCGUUCGAGAGCUCGAGGUGGGUUUACGUCAAGGAUAUCACCAUAACUGCAGACGGUGAUAGCCCUAACACCGACGGGAUUCACCUCCAACGCUCUCAAAACGUGUUCAUCUCCGAUUCAGUUAUCCAAACAGGUGAUGAUUGUAUUUCUAUAGGUGAUGGAUCGAAGCACGUUAACAUUAGCAAAAUCUCAUGUGGUCCGGGACAUGGAAUAAGCAUCGGGAGCCUAGGGCGAAAUGGAAACAAAGAAGCAGUUGAAUCUGUUUAUGUCCGAGACUCGACUUUCAGAAGCACAACUAAUGGAGUUAGGAUCAAGACAUGGCAGGGAGGAAAAGGGCACGUUCGAAAUGUUGUUUUUGAACACAUUACGUUUCACGAAUCAAGUCGGCCCAUCAUCAUCGACCAAUAUUAUUGCCCUCAUUCCCACUGCAAAAACCAUACGUCGGCAGUGAGAAUAAGCGACAUCACGUACAGACACAUACACGGGACAUCGGACGAGAAGGCCUCGGUGCAGUUGCUGUGCAGCGAAACGGUGCCGUGCAGAAACAUAUACAUGUCCGACAUUAACUUAUACACGACACGUAAGGAGAAUGACAGAUCGUCUCGUGACGAUCAUGGCUCUUUAUCAGAGUGCAUAAACGCUAGAGGGUUAUCUAAUGGUAUCGUGAGGCCACGAGUGCCUUGUCUCCGUGCCGAGAGGCAUUAGCCCAAAGCCGUUUUUAU